AGUGAUUGAGACCUUCAGUGAAGCUCCUCCUACAACAAUCCACCAAUAAAUGUUGGAGUCAAACACACAGAGAAUUCACUCCAUGUGUGACAACUGAAAUCUUCAUGACAUAAUGUUGAUGCCGGUGAAAGAGGAGCUUGAGAAGAUGACAGAUCCACAACCAUGCAGAAUAAAGGAAGAAGAUACUGAGGAACAAAUAGAUAUGAUGGAAGUGAAAGAGGAGAGUCAAGCUGAAGUGGAUGAGAAACAUCAGAUUGUAAAAAUAAACCAUAAUGUUUCACAGAAAGAAACUCUGAAGACAGAAGACAUAAAGUGUGAAAAUAGUUUCAGUGAAGAUGAACGCCCUGCAGAUCACAAGAGGACUCACAGUGAGGAGAAACCUUUCACAUGUCAACAGUGUGGAAAGAGUUUCAGAACAAAAGAUAACCUUAAAACACACAGGAGGACUCACAGUGAGGAGAAACCUUUCACAUGUCAACAGUGUGGAAAGAGUUUCAGAAGAAAAGCUCACCUAAAAGAUCACAAGAGGACUCACAGUGAGGAGAAACCUUUCACAUGUCAACAGUGUGGAAAGGGUUUCAGAAGAAAAGAUAACCUUAAAACACACAUGAGUAAUCACAGUGAGGAGAAACCUUUUACAUGUCAACAGUGUGGAAAGAGUUUCAGAAGAAAAGAUAACCUUAAAACACACAUGAGUAGUCACAGUGAGGAGAAACCUUUCACAUGUCAACAGUGUGGAAAGAGUUUCAGAACAAAAGUUAGCCUUAACUUACAUGUAAGGAUUCACACCGGAGAAAAAACACACGCAUGCCAUCACUGUGAAAAGAGUUUUAUAACUGUCGGUGACCUUAACAAACAUGUGAGGAUUCACACUGGCGAGAAACCACACGUAUGCCAUCACUGUGAAAAGAGUUUUACAACUUCCGGUGACCGUAACAAACACAUGAGGAUUCACACUGGAGAGAAACCAUACGCAUGCCAUCACUGUGAAAAGAAUUUUACAACUGCCGGUGACCUUAAGAAGCAUUUGAGGAUUCACACUGGAGAGAAACCUUACACUUGUCAACUAUGCAGAAAGAGUUUCACCUUUAACUCAGGCCUUUUCCAACACAUGAAAACUCACAGUGGGGAAAAGCUACACGCAUGCCAUCUCUGUGACAAGAGUUUCCUAGAUAAAGUUAAACUUAAGAUACACAUGAGAAUUCACACUGGAGAGAAACCAUUUACAUGUCAUCUGUGUGGAAAGAGUUUCACAAUAAAAAUUAACCUUAACGCACACAUGAUGAUUCACACUGGAGAGAAACCGCAUCCGUGCCAUCACUGUGAAAAGAGUUUUAUAACUGCAAGUAACCUUAGAAAACAUUUGAGAAUUCACACUGGAGAGAAACCUUACACUUGUCAUCUGUGUGGAAAGAGUUUUGUUACAAAUCCCAACCUUAAAAUACACAUGAGGAUUCACACCGGAGAGAAACCACAUCCGUGCCAUCAGUGUGGAAGGAGUUUUAGAACAGCAGGUAAACUGAAGACUCACAUGAGGUCUCACACUGGAGAAAAACCUUACAUAUGCUCUCAGUGUGGAAAGAGUUUUUCUUCUGAAAGUAACUUUAAGAUUCAUGCAAGAAUUCACACUGGAGAGAGAGCGUUCACUUGCCAUGAGUGUGAAAAAUGUUUCAGAAGUAGGAGUAACCUUAUUACACACAUGAAAAUUCACAAAGGAGAGAAACCUCACGUGUGUUUUCAGUGUGGAAAGUGUUUCAGUAUGGAGUGUCAACUUAAGAAACACAUGAUAACUCACAGCGAAAAGAAACCUCACGCAUGUCUUCAGUGUGAAAAGAGUUUCAUAGAUAAACGUGGACUUGAGAUUCACAUGAAAACUCACACUGGAGGGAAACCUUACAUAUGCUCUCAGUGUGAAAAGAGUUUUACAAGUGAAGGCACUCUUAGAUCACACAUGACAGUUCACACAGAAGAAAAAACUUUCACAUGUCAUCACUGUGGAAAGAGUUUUACAGUAAGACGUGCCCUUGAUGAUCAUGUGAGAAUUCACAACGGAGAGAAACCAUACGUGUGUCAACAGUGUGGAAAGAGUUUCAGGACAAAACCAAACCUUAGUGCACAUUUGAUCACUCACACUAAAGAGAAACCGUUCACAUGCCAUGAGUGUGAAAAGAGUUUCAAAACAAAAGCUAACCUUAAAAAACACGCAAGAUUUCACAAUCAGUAGAAAACAUUCAUGUGUCAACAGUUCUUGUACUUAUUGAAGAGUUUUUUUUUUUCAUGUCUUAAUAGAAGGGUUGUGAGCAAUUAUUGUUGAUUGUACAGUCACUGGAACAGGAUAGCAUAAACAUGUGACGACUGUCUUAUUGGUUAAUAAAUGUAAUUGCGGCUUAAUGGUAUAAAAGGGGGUAGGUGUUAAUAAGCUUAAGCUUCUACCUACCCCUUUUGAGCAUCAUUUCUAUUUUUCUUUAUUUCUCUCUUUUUUGUCUUUCUUUUUUUCUUUACUUGUAUUGUAAUGAAAUUUGUUAUUAUGUUGAUUUUAUGUAUUAGAUGCUCAAAUAAAACUAAAUGAUGAUGAUGAUGAUGAUGAUGAUGAUGGAUAUGGCACAAAGUUUAGAAAUCAGAUGAGGUCUUAUUAAUAAAACUGUCUGGAGGAUCCUUACUCAAAGUCUACAUGCAUACAAAAGCCAAAAAUGGCGUAUGGCAAAAAAGAUUGGGACCGUUUCUCAUUUUGUGUUCUUGUGAAACAUCAUCAAUUGCGGCCCAAGAACUGUUCCAAUUCCAAGUUCACAUCAAGUCAAGUUCACAUAACAUCUCAGAAUGUGUUCUUGAUCCACUCAUUUUAUCGAGAAUGCAUCAGGAGGUGACUUGUGUGGACUUGCGACAGAAAAAUUUCCCAGAAUGCAUUUCGCGUCAACGUCAGUGGAGCUUAAAGUCUGCACAAUAUUUGAAAUAUUACUUUUUUUGUGUCAUAAAAUGUAGCCGUUUAGUCGAGAAUAUAGAUCAAUAAACUUCAAAUCCGUGGUCAGUUAGUAAAGAUAGCACCUAUAUUAACAUUUUCUCUGAAAAUUUUGGAUAUUUGAGUUCAAGUUGAUCCGCGGGCAGUCAGCGCUGUGUACAACGCCCAGAGCAACCUCAUCUCUGCAAGUCCUUCUGAAAUUUGCCGCUGUCUCAGUGCAGCUGCUCUGCCCUUCAGUCUCAUCAAUUAAUUUUUGUUUAUUAUUCAUUUGAAGUCUGUUAUUUGAUAAUUAUCAUAACAUGAGAGUCUAUGGGGAUAGACUCUCUUUUGUAGCGAGCCAGUUGAUGAAUUGCAGUUUAAGCUGGGUACACACCAAAAGAUAAUCGGGCUGAUUUGGGGCCGACCCCCCCCCCCCCCUUCCAACAAACUAUCAUAUUAUGUUUGGAGCGAUUUGGUUCGAUAAUAAGUAUCUCUGUCUUAUUGGAGUUUAGCAUAAGGAAGUUAUGUGCAAUCCAGUCCCUAAUAUCGCUAAUGCAGUCUGUUGGCUUAGAAAACUGGUGGGUUUUGCUAGAUGUGACGAGAUGUAAUGCUGGAUAUAAUACACAAAGCAGUGAAAACUUAUGUUCUGUUUCCUGAUAAUGUCUCAUAGAGGUAACAUAUAUAACGAGAAUAGGAUAGGACCUAAAACGGAACCCUGUGGUACGUCCUAUUUAACCAGGGAUUGAUAUGACUCUUCCUUAUUUACAUAAACAAAGACUACUGAUACCAACAUAGUUUUCUAGUCUUUUGAGUAGGAUUGUGUGAUCUAUUGUGUCAAAGGCUGCCCGAAGGUCUAGUAAUAUAAGGAUUAAGAUUUCACCACGAUUGAAUGUUAAAAGGAGGUAAUUUGUAACUCUAAGCAGUGCUGUCUCUGUGCUAUGGUGGGGCCUGAAUUCUGAUUGGAACUUUUCAUACAUA